CAAGUUGCUCACCGUGACUCUGAGCGUCUUUUUGCGUCGUCUCUCGCAUAUUCCGGCCACCAUACGUAGAUGGCAGCGUCUAGUUCCUCCGUCGCGUGCUGGUGCUGUUGCAUCUUUAUAAUAACCAUAUGUGGCAGACUCUCCUAGUGAAACAACCGAGGUUAUACAUUGACUACAUUUACGUUCCUGCCCUCAACAAGUCGCUUCAUUCCGCACUCAACAACACUGUCUUCUUUACCCUCAAGCUGGUGAACCGCAACAUGGGCUGGGGAGUCCAAUACGACAACGUCAACCUCUCCUCUGAGGCGUUUGUGGGCCCCGACUCCACGCGUCCACUCGGCAAUGCCACCCUCGAGGGCUUCUACCAGGGCCGCUGGAGGGAGGGCCUCAAGCACGGGUCCUUCCUCGCUUCAGCCACCACUGGUAAACUCACCACCGUGCUGUCAUUUUGGCGAGUUGAUUUUGCCACGGCGGUGAAGUACAAGAAGGGGAAGUACAGGGUCUGGUACACACGGGACCGUUUGCAGGGAGGGGCAAAUUUGGAAAUUGACGAUUCCCAGUUGAUGGUAAACUGGAAACCGGUCAGGCUCGGUGACUCCCCGGUCGCCAUAAUCGCUUCUGGCUCACGCAAGCACUGUGAACUAAGCAAUUCCGCGCAUUGUGUUCUUGGAUUGUCGCUCUCCUUAGUGGUGAUUUUGUUUGUAUAACGUGCGUGCGUGUUUGGUUUUCCGUUGAGAGAAUCCUAAACGCGGUCGUUGAAUAAAAGUUUUGAACUUCAACUUCUCACAAAAUGUGUAUGAGAGCGUGGCUGAGAAUGUGUCUCAUUAAUCUAAAGUUAAACCAAACACACUCAUAUGUGUGGAAUUAAACUAGUACAAUGUUGACUUAGACUUAUAAAUCUUUAUAUAUAGUUAGGUUUGUGUUAUUUUAA